GAUAGAGAUAGCUGGCGUACGCUGUUAAGAUUAUUUGACGUUGCGGUACUAGAUAGGUUGACAGCUGCAGCUAAAGAGCUCCGCCAGGCUCUACAUUCUCUACUCCAAGUCAACAACAAGAUUUUGCACCACGAAAACACUAAUCUACGAGAAGUACUUGCUAUUAAAAAUUAUCUAAAGAAGCAAAAGAAGCCUCUAGAGCUCCAGCAAAGCAAGCAGUAUUAUACUCCGGCGGUGGUGUGGAGUCCUAGGACAAUAGAAGAUGCGAGAGCUCAAGAACGUCAAAAAAACACUAAGAAGAGCUUGAAAAACUCUAAAAAAAGAGAAACAACAGGAACGAGCUGCUAG